CUUUCGUAUUUAUUAGGAGUUUACUGUUUUCUUUUUUUUUCAUUUUCUUUUUUUUGCUAAACAUAUUUGUAUUCUCGACACUACUCCGAAUGAUAUAUUACUCCAUGUUUGUUUCUUCCGAAUCCUGCCAACAUUUGCAUUUUGUUUAAAGAUCCAUUUGUAAAGAGGCUGAGCACCUGACCUUUUCCUCGGCUGGGAUUUCUCCGGUUUCUCCUUUGACAGCUUCUUGGUUUCGUAUGGUUUUCCAAAUUUAAAACCAGGGGAAUCGGGAACGAAGGAGAGGGAAUCGUGAACAAAGGAACAGGGCAAGAAAGCACGCAUCUUCCUAAUUCCAUCUUUUUUCUCCUUCUUUUACCACACUCAAACACGAGUUGGUACAAAAAAGAGGAAGAAGGGAGAAAAAUGAAGCUGAUGGGGAGAAUGGGGCUCCUCGCAGUAGCCGGAAGGGCGCUGAACACGGUGGUGAGCGUAAUUGUGUUCAGCUUCCUCGACCUGCUCGACGCCGUCCUCUGCUUCGUCUACAAGAUCGCGGAUUUCGCGGUCGACAGGGAGUGGAAGGCCUGCUACUGCUCGAUCUCCUCUUCCGGCGACAUCUUCGCCAGAGGAGGCCGCGGGCCCGGCCGCGGCCGCGGAGGAAGAAGCAAUGUCCUCCGUCUCUGCCCCGCCACUAACUGCCUCCAUCUCGACAGCAUCUCCGACACACUCCAUUUCCGCCCUUAUCUCGUAUCCGACUUGGCAUCGAUCAUAUUAAAAAAAUACGCCGCCCACAACGUUCCAACCCAAGCUAUUCUCGAAAUCCCCAGCCGCAAGACGAAACACCGAGCCGCUCCGCGGUGGUCUGACUGCGACUGCCACACCUGCAACUCUUGGAGCACUUGCGGCGAAUCCCAAUCGCGGAAUCUUUACGUGCGCGCCGAAGGGAAUCUGCUGAAGCCUGAGGAAGACGUAGUUUUCAUCCACGGCUUCAUCUCUUCUUCAGGUUUUUGGACGGAGACGGUGUUCGAGGAGUUUUCGGAGGCGGCGAGGUCGAAGUAUCGGCUUCUGGCUGUUGAUUUACUGGGCUUUGGCCGGAGCCCAAAGCCGGAUGAGUCGCUCUACACGAUGACCGAGCACGUAGAGAUGAUCGAGCGGUCGGUGCUUCGUCAACACGGCGUCCGGCGAUUCCACAUCGUCGCCCACUCGCUCGGUUCUGUCCUCGCGCUCGCCCUCGCCGCGCGACACCCGGAUUCCGUCAUCUCACUCACACUUCUCGCGCCGCCAUACUUUCCAGGAGGAGAAGGGGACGGAGGGCAGGCGGUGAUGAGGAGGGUGGCGCCGCGAAGGGUUUGGCCGCCGAUGGUCUUUGCGGCAUCCAUGGCCUGUUGGUAUGAGCAUGUGAGCAGGACAAUAUGUCUAGUGAUAUGCAGGCAACAUCGGCUUUGGAACUACAUCUUUAGGCUCCUGACUUUGAACAGGAUUAGAACAUUUUUGAUCGAAGGGUUCAUGUGCCACACCCACAAUGCAGCAUGGCACACCCUCCACAAUGUGAUUUGUGGCAACACGGAGAAGAUGGACAGAGAUCUUGACGCUCUAAGAGACCAACUUAAGUGCCACGUCACCAUCUUUCAUGGCGAAAAUGAUGAACUUGUUCCGGUGGAAUGCAGCUACGCAGUUCAAUCAAAAGUUCCGCGGGCUCAUCUUAAGGUGCUCCGUGGAAAGGACCAUAUAACAAUGGUUGUUGGCCGUCAAAAUACUUUCGCAGCAGAGCUCGAGCAGAUAUGGAAGAAUGCGAAGGGCGAUUAAUAUUCUUUAAAAAACUAAUAGUGAAAAAAAAAUUGGGUUAAUAAAUUUUAAAAAUUUUUUAAUUUUAUUUUGAGAUGAAUAUAAUAUAAAGUUUAUAUUUGUCUCAAAAUAAAUUUAAGAAUUUUAAAAUAACCCAAUUUCUCUUUAUUAAUACGAGCUUCAAAAAUAGAUAGUAAUUUAAUGUGACAAUCUGGCCUACAUAGAAAGCUAUAUAUAUCUAUAUAGUGCUUUGUAUUAUUUGUAGCUGUACCUGUUUGUUCAUGGGUAAUACCGUAAUAGUACUAUAGUAUUGUUGUUGCCGAUUACCGUUAAA